AUGCCCAGCACCAACUCUAAGAGGAAAAACCGGCAUAUUUCAAGCAGAACUCCCAAAGGAGACGUACUGACCGAUCCCGAAUACAGCAAGAAGGGUACGAAAAGGUCCGGACGUGUCAAUGAUUCUAUGCGUUUAGAGAAAGAUUCCGAAGUACUAAUGGGAAGUAAUUGCGCCUUAUGCGAUGAGCCGGACAGCAGUAACAUGGUCCAAUGCGAUCGUUGUGAUUCCUGGUAUCACUUCAUUUGUGUGGAUGUAACCGGAGGUAUAUCGGAAAAGGACUGGAUUUGUGGGAAGUGCGAAGAAGCCGAACUUCUGGAUAAAAAACGUACCGUAGAAAACUCAGCUGAGCUGUCGCAACCGCAACGUGAAACAAAUUCUAAAUUAUCUAAAAAAUCUAAUCGAAGACAACUGGAAAUACAAUUGCUUAGGUUAGAAGAAGAUAGGAAGCUGAAAGAAAAGUUCGCCCUGCGCAAACUAGCAAUUGAGGAGGAGCUAGAGCAACAGUUCCAAGACAAAAAAAUCAAUCUACUUCAGGGAGAAGCCAGUGAUUCCUCUGAAGACAGUGAAGCAGGAUUCGUCAUGCCAAAUUCCAGAAUUGAGAAGUGGAUCAAUGAUGUAGAUACCUACCAAGAGCCUAGUUGUAGCAGCAAAGAUGGCCGCAACGUAUCGAAACAUGGAAUGCAAAGUUAUUCGAGGACGGUAUUAUCGAGGGCGGAACAACAAGCCAAUGGCACAAUACAAAGAAUGGAUCAAUUCAAUCCUGGUCAGCGUUCUACACCGAAUGGAAAAGGAAAACCGGGGACGAAUCAGCUCACGAGUUCCGUCGAGCCUAAUUCGUUGUUUCUUCAUCGUAGUCAACUAGCUGCGAGACAAGCCGUACCCAAAGAACUGCCAGACUUCAACGGCGAUCCCGAGGAUUGGCCAUUAUUUUUGUCCAUGUUUAACUCCUCGACUCAAAUGUGCGGAUUCUCUAAUGAAGAGAAUAUGCUACGCUUGAGGAAAUGUUUGAAAGGGCAAGCCCUAGAAGCGGUGCGCUGUCGUUUGCUGCAUCUCUCCAACGUGAACGGCGUCAUGUCAACGUUGAGAAUGUUAUUUGGUAGACCCGAAGCAUUAAUUCACGCAAUAACUCUAAAAAUUCGCUCGUUGCCAUCACCGGAUAUUGACAGACUAGAAACAUUAAUAAACUUUGCCUUGUCAGUAGAAAAUCUCUGUGCCACAAUAGAGGCCUGUGAAUUGGAAGACUUCAUGUACAACGCCGCAUUGCGCUACGAGCUGAUAGCGAAGCUGCCUUCCCAUCUUCGGCUUGACUGGGCCAAACACUCUAGACGAAUGCCAUCGCCUAAGUUAUCAGACUACAGUUCAUGGUUGUACUCGAUGGCAGAAGAUGCUAGUUCAGUUUUGGCCACAGCUCCUACUCAGCGUAAACCUCGUUUCGGUAGGAAAGAGGACCGAUAUCUUAACGUUCAUGCUGACAACCAACCGCCUUCUGAUAUUUCGCCUACGCGCUCUCAGCAACAGCGAUCGUACUCCAAACAAUGGCAGAGUGACAUCACAGGAGAAUGCACUCUUUGCCAUAACAAUUGUUCAUCUCUCGCGAAUUGUGACACGUUUAAAUGUCUCAAUUACGAAACAAAAUGGUCUAUUCUAAAGGACAGAAGGCUGUGCAAAAUGUGCUUGCACCGUCACGGUGGAACAUGCCGUCAGCGAAAAGAAUGCGGUACAGACGGGUGUCAGUACAUGCAUCAUUCGUUCUUGCAUAAACCUAAUAAAGGCGUCACUCACAAUUCAGAGCAAGCGACGACGAAGAAAAUACAAAUUGAACAAAACUGUCACUUACACCAGUCUCAGUCUAACGAGAUACUUUUUCGAAUAGUGCCGGUGACGCUGUAUGGCCCAAGCGUUGAAAUUCAGACGUAUGCGUUUUUAGACGACGGGUCGGAGUUAACUCUUAUAGAGGAUAGUCUUGCACACCAGCUGCAGCUUACUGGACAACAAAAACCGCUUUGCUUGAAAUGGACGGGAGGCACACGGCGCGUUGAGGAAAGCUCGCGAAUGGUCGAUUUGAGCAUAGCUGCUACAAACAAUAAUCAAAGGAAAUAUCGGCUUUCAUGUGUUCGGACUGUCAAAGAGUUACAGCUACCACACCAAACGCUAAUAAUGGAGGAGUUGAAUAAAAAAUUUACGCAUCUUCAAGGACUACCGAUAGGCACCUAUUACCAUGCCGUUCCCCGCAUACUAAUUGGGCUUGAUCACGCUAGCCUCGGAUACGCCCUUGAGGGACGAGAAGGUGCCAUAAAUGAGCCAGUAGCCGUUAAGACAAGGUUAGGGUGGACAGUUUACGGAAGCAGCAACCAAAAUCCCUCGACGUAUCAAUUCGUUAAUCACCACUCAACUCGAGUUCGUCAAUGUGAUUGUAAGACAGACGAAGACCUCCAUAAUUCUAUGAAGGAGUACUUUUCCUUGGAUAGUAUGGGAGUGGUGAAACCUGCCACAUGUUUGUUACCAUCAACAGAACAAAGGGCUCAAGACAUCCUGAAUAAAACAACGCGACGUAUAGAUGGACAAUACGAAGUGGGGUUAUUGUGGAAAUACGAUAACGUAAGACUCCCGGACAGUCAGGCGAUGGCUAUGAGACGGUGGAAAUGUUUGCAACAACGCCUCACGAAAGAUGAGGAGCUGGCAUCCGUGCUAGAUGAAAAAUUUCAAGACUAUCUACAAAAGCAAUACAUUAGAAAGCUAUCACCCGAAGAGCUUAGCGCGCAUCAGCCCCGAUCGUGGUAUUUACCGAUCUUCCCCGUGAUGAAUCCCAACAAACCGAAUAAAGUUCGCCUCGUGUGGGACGCGGCUGCAAAGGCUCACGGGGUCUCCCUGAACUCACACGAACUGAACUCAGUAUUAUUAACCGGACCGGAUCGACUGACACCUCUUUUGACGGUUCUGAACAAGUUUCGCGAAUUUCGAGUUGGCAUUACCGGUGACAUACGUGAGAUGUAUCACCAAGUUCUAAUUCGCGAUGUAGACCAGCACUGUCAGCGUUUCUUGUGGCGGGCCGAUAAGAAAGAUAUCGAACCUAGUGUGUUUGUCUUGCGAGUCAUGACAUUCGGCGCAUGCUGUUCGCCCAGCAGUGCGCAACAUGUAAAAAAUCUUAAUGCGAUGGAGUAUGAACAGCAAUACCCUGUAGCCGUUGACGCCAUCGUCCGACGUCACUAUGUAGAUGACAUGCUCACAAGUCUCGAGACAGAAGACGAAGCUAUACAACUUGCGCGAGACGUGAAAUGGAUCCAUGAUAAAGGCGGUUUUGAGAUAAGAAAUUGGAUCUCGAAUUCAUCACGAGUGCUUGAUGCUCUGCGAGAAGGAGUUACCGAGCAGAAAAGCCUUCGAUUAGGUUCCGAAACUGCAACUGAAAAGGUACUAGGAAUGUACUGGUGCACCACAUCAAACACCUUCACUUAUCGGCUCUCGACCCAACACGAUUCUGAGUUACUAAUGGGCGUACGACCAUCAACGAAACGUGAAGCUCUACGAACCUUAAUGAGAGUGUAUGACCCCCUUGGUUUGAUUGGACACGUUCUUAUCUACUUGAAGGUACUGAUGCAGGAGGUGUGGAGAUCCCGCACCGGAUGGGAUGAUCCAAUCGACGAGAACUCGUACCGAAAAAUUACAAUCAGCGGUACUGGGAGUCAGAUGGGCCGCAAGUAUGCAUAA